GGCGACCCCCCCCGGGGCUAGGCAGCAGCCCGCCCGAGGCGGAGGGAGGGGCGGCGGGGUCCGGGGGUCCCCCCCGGCAGUGCCUGCGGGAGGGAGCCGGGGGAGGAGAGGCUGGGGAGCAUCUCCGAGCCGGGGCUGCCUCUCCGGGAGCGAGGGAGGGCCAAAACUGCCGCCUCCCUGCUAUCCUCCCGUCCCCGAAUUUCCAGGGCUGGGGUGGGGAGAAAGAAAACAGAGGACCUCAGCUGGGACCUCCCGGCGGGAGCGACUGCAAAGGAGCCAAGGCAGGCGUCGGAGGGGGGGCAGCGGCAUCCCGAGGAGAGUCCCCCUCCCUCCUCCGCUCCCCGCAGCCGCUGCCUCAGGAUGCGGGUCCCGCUGCUGCCGCUGCUGCUGCUGCUGCUGCCGGGGCUGCUCCCCGCCGUGCCGGCCCAGAAACUCUCCGCCCUCACGUUUUUGAGAGUGGACCAAGACAAAGACAGAGAAUGCAGCCUGGACUGUGCAGGUUCCCCUCAGAAAUCACUUUGUGCAUCUGAUGGAAGAACUUUUCUGUCCCGGUGUGAAUUUCAGCGAGCAAAAUGCAAAGACCCUCAGCUGGAAAUAGCCUACCGGGGCAACUGCAAAGAUGUUUCCAGAUGUGUGGCUGAGAGGAAGUACACCCAGGAACAAGCUCGCAAGGAAUUUCAACAAGUGUUUAUUCCAGAAUGCAAUGACGAUGGCACAUAUAGUCAGGUUCAGUGCCACAGUUACACUGGAUACUGCUGGUGUGUCACUCCCAACGGUCGUCCUAUCAGCGGUACCGCUGUGGCCCACAAAACUCCCCGGUGCCCAGGUUCAGUCAGUGAGAAGCUGCCACAACGAGAAGGUGCAGGAAAAACAGUCUCCUUGCAAAUCUUUUCCAUUCUGAAUUCAGAUGAUGCCUCAGCUCCCGCGCUGGAGACGCAGCCUCAAGGUGAUGAAGAAGAUAUAGCUUCUCGUUAUCCUACCUUAUGGACUGAGCAAGUAAAGAGUAGACAAAACAAAACCAAUAAAAGCUCAGCAUCAUCAUGUGAUCAAGAACUUCAGUCAGCCCUGGAGGAAGCUAAACAGCCCCAGAAAGACAAUGUGUUCAUUCCAGAGUGUGCUCAGGGUGGCCUCUACAAACCAGUGCAGUGCCAUCCUUCUACAGGCUACUGCUGGUGUGUUCUGGUGGAUACGGGACGUCCCAUCCCUGGUACAUCAACCAGGUAUGAACAACCUAAAUGUGAUAACGGUGCCAGAGCUCACCCAACCAAAACAAAGGACUUGUACAAAGGACGCCAGCUUCAAGGUUGUCCUGGGGCCAAGAAGAAUGAGUUCCUGACUAGUGUUUUGGAUGCAUUGUCCACGGAUAUGGUGCACGCAGUCUCUGAUCCAUCAUUGUCUUCUAGCCGGGUUUCAGAGCCUGAUCCAAAUCAUACUCUGGAGGAGAGAGUGGUCCACUGGUAUUUCAAACAGCUAGAUAAAAAUUCCAGUGGUGAUAUUGGCAAGAAAGAAAUCAAGCCAUUUAAGAGAUUCCUAAGAAAGAAAUCAAAACCCAAAAAAUGUGUGAAGAAGUUUGUGGAAUACUGUGAUGUGAACAACGAUAAGUCCUUGUCAGUUCAAGAAUUAAUGGGCUGCUUGGGAGUGACAAAAGAAGAAGGUAAAGCAGAAACAAAGAAACGCCAUACGGCUCCUAAAACCAACACUGAGAGCACUUCAUCCAGCAGGCAGCAAGUUUCUAAGAAGCAAGGGUGAACAGCUUACUGAUCCAAGGCAGAUCUCUUUGACAUGUGGGAGAUUUCCUCACCAAAAGGCAAUAAAAACAACUGUAGUAUUUGCACUUUGUACUUAAAAAUGUAAAUUCACUUUGUAGAAAUGAAAUAUUUAAACAGACUUUUUUUUAAUCUGUGAAAAUGUAAUGGCUAGUUUUGAAAAAUUAUCACAUACAAUGUAUGUGUAUUCUUUUGUUGUCUGAAAUAUGUAAAACGUGUUGGAGAUGUAAAAGUUUGCAUUUAAACCAUUUUUUUAAAAAUAGCUUUUUGGCGAACAGUAGCAUAGAAACCUGAUUCUAUGUAUUUUGGUUUCAAUAGUAUGCCUUGUUUUUCUUAAUCAAUACUGUCAUUUAAGUAGAGUUAUGCUGAAAAGUCUACUGUAUUCUCAAUUGUGUCCAAGCAGUGUUGGAUGUUUCAGGUUUGCAGGACUGAGGGAAGUGCGUAAAUUGCUGUUGACUUGGUUUUGCAGUUUUUAACUGAACAGAUUUUUCAUUGGUGGCAAUAUUUUAUUUCAUUUUGUUUUUAUUGUUAUUAUUAUGCUUUCCAAAGGUCAUGCAAUGAGAAUUCAACCACUAAUGGAUUGAAAACAGUUAUUCUGCAGUUGGGAUACUUGUAGAAAAAUGUAUCCUUUUAUCCAUUUUUGAGGUGCCUUCCAUUAUAAAUUUUGGUAGGAUUUUUUCCCCUGUUUGUUUUCACUUGGGUUAUUAAUACAGCAAACCAACAAGGAGUAAGGUGGAUUGUAACGUCGCCCCAGUCUGGUUCAGCCUGGGUCUGAAAGCAUGUUGCUGUGGUCAGUGCAAAGCAGGAGCAGAGUUUGUAUGGGUCAGAAUUGCAAAUCUAACUACAAAGAGACAGGGGAGGCUAAACACCUUGUUGAGCUUUUGCCUCCCCUCACCCUGGCUGCCCCCAUCACCUCUUUGGUUUGCUUCAGGCUCUGCUGGAGGUAAAGCUGAACAAAUUAUGAACAUCACUGUCAGGAGGGGCUGCUCGCAUCGGCCCUGCCUGAGGCUUUUUCCUCGCUGUCUGAAAGAAGUUCUCACAAGUUUUCAUACCUUCUCUGUCAUUUUUGCCCCCAGUGCUUUUUCGUAUGUGUGUGUGAAGGGAAUAAGAACUUGCGGAUGUGAAUUUAGAGCAGGGGACCCAAGUAAAAGAGGUUCAGCUCUUGAACAACUGUGAGUUACAAGCAGCUGGGUUGAUCGAUGCAGUGGUAGAGGGACUGCUGGCAUCUAGGAGCUGACAGGGAAAGGCAGGAAUGUUGCAACAAGCAGUGAUUUCAUUCUGGUUUGUUUAAAUAACGUGUGGGAACUGACAUGUGACUAGCUAAUCAUAAUAGCACCCUGGCUUGAGCUUGUACCUGGAAAAGCUUUUUUGCAAAUAAAAAUGUUUCAUUUCAAUUUCAACAUAUGCUGAAGUGAUAGGAAACACUGUAUGCAGUGGAGUUGUACCCCAGAAAUCACAUACUCUAAGCUUUGGCAGCAGGAGGAACCAAGAUGCAGCUGUGUGUUAUCUUGUAUUUUUGUUUUAAAAAUUAAUUGUUAUUCUUUUAUGCUGUUAAACUUUGAAUUUAAUCUUCUUUAUUAAAGAUUAAAGAUCAGUAUGUUAUCAAA